AUGUCGACGAUCUCCCCCAGACGCAAACAACCCUACCAUCACCACCAUGUCAUGCGACACAAGGCUCAGUCCAUCCCCACGAGGGAGCCGGCACUCGUCGAACAGCACCUCGUCGACAAGUUGCUCGUGGACUGUGUCAAGACAAUCUGCGAGGCCGAGGCGCUGAAGCAAAACAUUCCAGAUCCCUACAUCGAGUCGGUCGCGCUGGAGUCAUUUACCGCGGCCACUGAAGAAUUCAUACUCAAAGUACUCUCUAUGGUUCGCCGAUCAAUGUUGGCAGCACGUCGAAGUGUUCCCAUCGCGACUGAUUUCGAGACCGCCAUCGAAGUACGUGAAAUCCCCAGACUCGACGACCAACUCAAACCCUACCCGUCGCAGCCACAAUCUAAUCCUCCCUUGUACCCGACUCCUCCUCCCGAAGACUCUUUUCACAAUAUUGUCGAACUCCCUUCUUCAUUCCUCGGCCCCGAACUCGAUGGACAAGACGAGUUAAAGAAGUUCACCUUCAACACCAAGGGCCUGCCAAAGCUUCCAUCGGCGCAUACCUUCCGUGACACACCUGUCCUUCCUUAUCGAGAAGUCGACAACAGGAAGAUCCGCGAAUUGGCGACGCAGGAAGGAAAGCUGGGUGAACAGGCGCUCCGCAAAUUGGCUGGCGCAGUUAAGCUGGAUGCGACACAUUCGAUUGAGCCGACCUCCAGGCCCAGGUUUACGCUGGGGCCGCGGAAACGCGCGAAGAACACCAUCAAUAUAUCCGAGGCGGCGAUAUUUGAAGAGACACUGCGCAGUCUUCUUUCGAAGGAACCCGGCGGUUUCGAGUUAGGCCCGAUCGUCACCAGCGAAAAGGCCUAUCGGAUGCCGGAUGACGUUCAAGUCAAGAGGAAGGCGCCGGGAAAAGGGACGCUUGAUGCUGAGCGAAAAGGCUCCUGA